UCUUUUCUCCACAUUAUUAUUGGUUCCCUCUCCUGCCCAGCGCCGCCGCCGCCGCCGGUCGCCACCGCCACCUCCCCACCACCGCCGAAUCCGCUUACUCGCCGAGCUGCCACCGAUUCCCGAAUCGCCGAGCUACCACCUGGAAUCCGUCACGCAGCCAUCGCUGUCUGAGCCUCUCGUCGCCGGCAUACUCCACCGCCACUCGUCGCCGACCACAUACCCUUCCUAGCAGGAAGCAGGGAGGUCAACAUGUCACUGGAUGUUACUCAAAUACUCUUGAGUGCGCAAUCUGCUGAUGGCUCGAUUAGGAAGCAUGCUGAAGAAAGCCUCAAGCAAUUUCAGGAGCAAAAUCUCCCAGGUUUCUUGCUCUCCCUCUCAAGUGAGUUGGCCAACAACGAGAAACCUGAGGAGAGCCGCAGAUUGGCUGGUUUGAUCCUAAAAAAUGCAUUGGAUGCAAAGGAGCAGCACAGGAAGAGUGAACUUUUCCAGAGAUGGCUGGUACUGGAUGCUGUUGUCAAGGCGCAAAUUAAAUCAUUGCUGCUGCAAACUCUCUCAUCUCCUGUUGCAAGUGCCAGGUCUACAUCUUCUCAAGUCAUCGCCAAGGUUGCUGGCAUUGAGAUCCCUCAGAAGCAAUGGCCCGAGCUUAUAGGAUCAUUGCUUUCAAAUAUACAUCUGGUCCAGCCAAAUGUCAAGCAGGCAACGCUCGAGACACUUGGCUAUUUAUGUGAGGAAGUUUCUCCGGAAGCUGUUGACCAAGACCAAGUCAACAAGAUACUUACAGCUGUUGUUCAGGGUAUGAGUGCUUCUGAAGGGAACUCUGAAGUGAGGCUUGCAGCGACUCGAGCAUUGUAUAAUGCAUUGGGCUUUGCUCAGGUUAACUUCUCAAAUGACAUGGAGCGUGAUUAUAUCAUGAGAGUUGUUUGUGAAGCAACACAGUCUCCAGAGGAGAAGAUAAGACAGGCUGCCUUUGAGUGUUUGGUGGCUAUUUCGUCAACUUAUUACGACAAGCUGGCCACAUACAUGCAGGACAUAUUUAAUAUUACUGCAAAGGCUGUGAGGGGAGAUGAGGAGUCGGUUGCACUUCAGGCCAUUGAAUUCUGGAGUUCCAUAUGUGACGAGGAAAUCGACAUUUUAGACGAGUUCAGUACUGAUUUUACCGCUGACUCUGAUGUUCCUUGCUAUUAUUUUAUCAAGCAAGCCCUUCCUGCCUUAGUACCAAUGCUGCUGGAGACUCUCCUCAAGCAGGAGGAAGACCAAGACUUGGAUGAAGGUGCUUGGAACCUUGCAAUGGCUGGUGGUACUUGUUUGGGCCUGGUGGCGAGGACUGUUGGGGAUGAUAUUGUUCCUCUUGUGAUGCCUUUUGUUGAGGAGAACAUAACGAAACCUGAAUGGAGGAAUAGAGAGGCCGCAACAUAUGCUUUUGGAUCCAUUUUGGAGGGUCCAUCAGCUGAUAAGCUGGCCCCUCUAGUUAACGUCGCCUUGAACUUUAUGUUAUCUGCGUUGUUAAAGGACCCAAAUAAUCAUGUGAAGGACACAACUGCUUGGACCCUCGGAAGAAUAUUCGAGUUUCUUCAUGGUUCUGCACUUGAAACACCUUCUGUCAUUACAAAUGAGAACUGCCAGCAAAUACUUACUGUGCUGCUUCAAAGCAUGAAGGAUGUCCCGAAUGUGGCAGAAAAGGCAUGUGGGGCACUCUAUUUCCUUGCUCAAGGCUAUGUGGAUGCUGGAUCAGCUUCACCGUUAACCUCCUUCUUUCAAGAUAUUGUUCAGAGCCUUCUUGUGACCAGUCACAGGGAAGAUGCUGGAGAUUCCAGGCUGCGUACUGCAGCUUAUGAGACUCUAAAUGAAGUUGUCAGGUGCUCCACAGAGGAGACAGCUCCUAUUGUGUUGCAGUUGGUACCUGUAAUUAUGAUGGAACUCCAUCAGACACUUGAAGCAGGAAAGCUGUCUACCGAUGAGAGGGAGAAGCGGAGCGAUCUGCAGGGCCUUCUCUGUGGCUGCUUGCAGGUCAUUAUCCAGAAGUUGGGAGGGAUGGAGUCAACAAAGUUUUCUUUCUUACAGUAUGCGGAUCAGAUGAUGGAUCUGUUUUUGAGAGUUUUUGCUUGUCGAAAUGCGUCGGUGCAUGAGGAGGCUAUGCUUGCUAUUGGUGCAUUGGCAUAUGCAGCCGGUUCGAAUUUUGUGAAGUACAUGGCACAGUUCUAUCAGUAUUUGGAAAUGGGACUUCAGAACUUUGAAGAGUAUCAGGUAUGUGCCAUUACGGUGGGUGUUGUGGGUGACCUGUGCAGGGCACUGGAGGACAAAAUUUUACCCUACUGUGAUGGCAUCAUGACCCAGCUCCUGAAGGAUCUAUCGAGCAAUCAGUUGCACAGAUCUGUAAAACCACCUAUAUUCUCAUGUUUUGGUGACAUUGCAUUGGCAAUUGGGGAGAACUUUGAGAAGUAUUUGAUCUAUGCCAUGCCCAUGCUACAAAGUGCUGCAGAGUUGUCAGCACACACAGCUGCAGCUGAUGAUGAAAUGCUUGACUACACCAAUCAAUUAAGGGAUGGUAUCUUGGAAGCCUACUCUGGUAUUCUUCAAGGAUUCAAGAGUUCCCCUAAGACACAAUUACUGAUGCCAUAUGCUCCAAAUAUUCUUCAGUUCCUUGACGCUCUUUAUAAUGGCAAAGAUAUGGAUGAUUCUGUGAUGAAGACUGCAAUAGGCGUCUUGGGAGAUCUGGCAGACACAUUGGGUGUCCAUGCUGGUCCUUUGAUAAGUCAAUCGACCUCAAGCAAGCAAUUUCUGGAUGAGUGCUUAUCAUCUGAUGAUCCUUUGGUCAAAGAAUCAGCUGACUGGGCAAGGAUUGCAGUCAGCCGUGCGGUUUCGGGUUGAUGACGUGACAUUGGCCUCGUCUGCACAUGCAUCCAUCCACGUGUCGAGUCCGGGUCUUCGGUUGCAUCAUCUCUAGACCUUCUCUUUGGGGAAGAGUGCUCAUCGUAACAGGAGAGUCGGAGGGUCCUCACUAACUCAUGCAUCAGUACGUGUCAGCAAGCCUUUUUCAUCCCUGCGGGGAAAAGGGUUAAGUUGGCUAGCAGCUAACUUUGCUUAAGGCAUCUAGAACCUCCAAUUUCUUAUUGGUGGUGAGAUUUGGCUUCUAUCCUUGCCUGCCAUGCCGAUGGUUUCUUGGUAUGGCAUGCAUGCUUAUGGUCUGGGUGCUGUCACUUUCCCUUGUAUUCAUUGCAUGCAUUGAACUUUGGUCAUAUGGUCGCUCUCUACAAGUCCCGAUUGCUUAUAGUUCCAUUAUGCAGAAGGGGGCUUGCAUGCAUUGUCACAUGAAUAUUUUGUACUGCCCAGGGGUCUAAGUUCACUAUGUGUGACAUAUCCCUCCCGGGCUAGCAGCUUGUUUAUUUCCUAUAUUUUCCACACUUGCAUUGUCCUGCAUUCAUUCUUGGACUUGAUUUUGUAAGGGUUCCCUCCUUGUGGUCAAAACUUGCUCGUCGUUGUAAAUGACCCUGCAUGUGUCGGUUUAUUUCGAGGUGUUGUGGGUUGUGCUCAUUUUUGUUA